CCCCGGCACGGCCGCCGUGCGGGGAGCCCUUCCCGCGCGCCGUCCCGGUCUCCCGGAGCGCUUCCUGCGCAGGCGCGCCGGGCGCUGGCCGGCGCACUGCGGUCCGUGCGGCCGCCGCUGUGGGCAGCUGCUGCCGCGACCCGCUGCUGCCGUGACCGGGAGAGCGCCCGGGGCGGCUCCGCCCGCGCAGAGCUUCGCUGGGAGGCUCGAGGCUGAGCCCGGCGCACCCGCGGCGUGGCGCAGGGCUGGGCCCGGCAGCGGCACAGAAUUUUUUUUUUGUGAAGAAAUGGCCUCCAGCAUUGGGAAUGAAAAGAGUGUGAAUCCUGUGCUCAGAAUAAGUCAACUUGAUGCUCUUGAACUAAACAAAGCCCUGGAACAACUAGUGUGGUCCCAGUUUACCAGCUGUUUUCAUGGAUUUAAACCAGGGGUAUUGGCUCAUUUUGAACCAGAAGUAAAAGCAUUUUUAGGUCUUAUAUUAUGGAAAUUCACUAUCUAUUCCAAGAACGCAACUGUGGGACAGGCUAUUCUCGAUAUUCAGUACAAGAAUAACUUAUCUCAGACAGAGAAAUACCAGCCACUGAGCAAACACCAGAAGUUAUGGUAUCUGAUUUUCACUGUUGGUGGAAGAUGGUUGGAAGAAAGAUGUUAUGAUUUAUUUAGCAAUCGUCAACAGCAAUCUUUCUGCAAAAUUAAGAGCUAUAUUAGUUUUGGAUCUGGACUUCUUAAGCUUUGUGGACUUCUAAAUUUUAUGAUUUUUCUUCGGAAAGGAACAUUUGCAACACUUACAGAACGCAUUCUAGGAAUUAGGUCAGUUUUUUGUAAGCCACAAAGUGUUCGUCAGAUAGGGUUUGAGUACAUGAACAGGGAGCUCUUAUGGCAUGGCUUUGCUGAAUUUUUGAUAUAUCUGCUACCAUUCAUUAAUGUACAGAAACUGAAACUUAAAAUUUCGUCUUGGUGCUUGCCCAUCACAGGUCUUUCCAAUAAUGAAAACACAUUAGCGGCUCACUGCAGGGAAUGUUCACUGUGUGGGGAAUGGCCUACCAUGCCACAUACCAUAGGCUGUCCACAUGUUUUUUGUUACUACUGUAUUAAAAGUAACUUUUUAUUUAAUAUGUAUUUUACAUGUCCUAAAUGUGGCUCAGAGGUACACAGUCUUCAGCCAUUGAAGUAUAAAAUUGAAAUGACAGAAUUGCAUGUCUGAUAUGAGGUUGAUUUAGAUUUAUACUUUACAUGAUAUAUAUUGAAGAGAUUAAUGGAAAAAUUCAGAAAUUAUUGAAAGCAAACUGCUGAAAGAUGGUUUUGGAGACUCUGGAAUUUAUUGUAACAUGUAUUUUUACUAGUGUUAGGAUUUUAUUGAGUAGCAGUGCCAUAAUGCCUUACCCAACUGGGCAGGUUAGGGAAACGUAGUUGGAUUUGCUCUUCGUGGAGCGUGGGAGAAACAACAUUAUCAGAAGGUUCAAUAAGAACUGUUACUUGCAAACUUCAGAACAUUCCAAUUGAAGAAGGCACUUGGCAAACAGACAGUGCCGUUACCAACUUAGCUAGUAGAUGGAUUUAGUGGGAAAGUUGUCAUUUUUGUGCCUAAAGAAUAAUUUUAAAUUUCAAUUCCCAGUAUGAUGCUACACUAAAGAAAAAAAAAAAACCAAAGGUAUAAAGAUGGCUUGAGGAAAACUGUGCACUUUCUAGCCCUUCAUGAGAUGACAAUUUUCUCUGGCAACUAUGUCUUUGAGUUUUAAUUGCACAUAUAUUAUCUUCUAUCUCUUCCCUUAGCUGAGGGAUGAAACCCAUCAUCCAUUGGUAUGUGGCAGACCCACAUUCUUCUGAGUUAGCACCACUGAAGUAAACUCUGUACUCAUAAGAUGCUGUCUGUAGGAAUUGCCACUCAUGUUUUUUGGUGUGGUCUAGGUGGGUGCCAAAUCUCAGAGUUCACUUCCACACAGAAAAAUAUCACAGUUAUGUGCAUAAUAAAAUAAGUAAUUUCCUGCAUUUUGCUUUCAUAUUUGCUUUCCUAGUUAGCUUUGCAAUGUUUUAAUUGUUCUAACACUUCAUCCAUUUACUUUUCAACCUGGUUUUAUAAGAUUAUUUUCUUUUUAAUUGCAAUCUUUUUUAACAGGAAGUCUUAUCCAGAAGAGUCUUAUUAACACAAAAAUACAUUACGUCCUCUUUUGAAUCUUAAAUUGUCAAAAAAUAUAUACAAUUAAAUUAAAUAAAUAGCUUAUGGUGACUCUGUUCUUGAUUUGCAGUCAUCAACAGUCAGUCCCAAAUAUAGCAGGGUAACUGCUGAUUGAGUAAUUUUGAUCUACUUUUAUGAAAUGGUUUAUUACAUUCUUCAUUCUACAUUCUGAUUAAAGCAACCCACUAGCCUAUUUGCUUGAAGAUCUUAAAUUCUAAGUUUUGAUCUUUACAGUAACACAUAGUGCUUUCAUCUGAUGUAAUUAGAUAUAGUUAGCGGGUGGGCAGCCCAAAACUUCAUUAAUUCUGCUACUGUUGUGUGAAUCAACAGAGACUUCAGAGCAAGUGCUUUCAGAUACUGUGCUGCAAUAUUAUUUGCUGUCAAAUGUGUGUAUUAGAGGCCAGCCAUAUUUCUGUUAUUUGCUGUUGCUAUUAGAAGCAGCAGGUGCAAACCAGCUUUUAUUAGAGUAACCUGUUUUUAUUAGAGUAUGAAAACUGGCAAGUCAUUUGAAGAGCAUCCUGAAGUUACUUCUUGAUCCUUAAAGAAUUUUGUAUGAAUUGUCCUUCCAUGUCACUUAAUAUCUUUUCCCAAAGAAAUGUAUUAGCAGCCCUGACUUCAAAGUGAUCUAAUGUCUCCAGAAACACCAUCAGCAUUUUUGCUACAUCGGUCUUUAACUAUGUUUAUUAAAACUUGUAUGCAUCCAAAAUCCAGUGUUUGUAGCUUACUUGCUGUGGACUCUUCAUUUAUUCUGAAGUCUCAGAGGAAUAUUUUAUCAAAAGAGCAUGGAUUCUCUGUACAGGCCUCUGCUAGGUGUCAUGUCCUUCUUAUGUAGGAGUCAGCUUCUUUCCUAUUUAGAAAUGUUUCAUUUUCCUGAAUAUUAAAGAAUGUUUUCUUCCUUUUUCAUUCCACCUCCCUCUGUCCUGUUAGAUGUGCAUAAGCUGUAUGAAUUUCCUGGGGUUUAUUUUGUCUCUUGCAGCUUCAUGCAGGCAAAGUUUGUAUUUGUUACACUAUCAAUACAAAACCUAUUUCAAGCAGUUGUUGUACAGCUGUUUUCUGCUGUCUCUGCUAUAUCACACUUUACUGUUGGGGUUUUUUUCUGGAACUAAACUUUUAAUACAUAAUUUAUGCUGACUUACCUAUAGGAAAGCAUUGGCCUACCUCUGUAGCACCUCCUCAUCACUGUGUUGGGUUGUAGCCCAUAGCAUUAACAAAGUUAGUAAAGUCUGUGUCUUGUGGCAUAAACAGUUUUUGUUGCCCAAAGAUGCUGGAUCUUAAGGUGAGGGUUUAGUUGUUUUAUUUUCCAUGCAAGUAAGCAGGUACCAAGCAUCUCACAGAAGUAGGUGGUUUGUGAAAAAAUGGUUGUUUAUAUCAGAUACAGCUUUUUUUUAUCUCCCAUAUGGUAAAAUCUUUGCUCAGUUGUAGUCACAGCUGAGAUGAAUGAGAGCAGGAUUCCUACUUGAAUAUUGAAAAAAAUCCUUGCUAUCAGCUUUCCUUUUUAGUACUUCAGAAUCAAUAGUCAGGAUUUUCCUGAAACACUUUAAAAUUAAAUAUAUACUUUUAAAAAUAUUUUAAUUCUGUUUUGUUGUGUCUUGUGAUAUAUAAGCUGCAGAAGAGUCUUAGUUGAAGAUAUUACAGGAA